AUGGCUUCGGGCUCCAAGGACAGACAAUUCCUUGCCGUGAUUGGAGAUGAAGAUUCUGUGACUGGACUUCUACUUGCUGGCAUAGGUCACGUAACCGACCCCCCAGACUCCCAGCGCAAUUUCCUUGUCGUCGACUCCAAGACCGAGACGAGUGCGAUUGAAAAGGCAUUCAAAAACUUUACACAGGAAAGAAAGGAUAUCGGCGUCCUACUCAUAAAUCAACACGUCGCUGAAAGGAUACGCAAUAGCGUGGACAGCUUCACUGAGGCUUUCCCAGCAGUCCUUGAGAUUCCAAGCAAGGAUCAUCCGUAUGACCCAGAGAAGGAUAGUGUAUUACGACGUGUGAGAAGGCUGUUUGGCGAGUAA